AUGACCACCGCUGCGGUAACGAUCACCGCUGCGGCCAAACGCGGCUCGAAUCUGCAACAUUCAAACUGUCCUGGCUCACCUUUUCCGCCAUGUUCAGCGUAUGAUUUCGACUCGCUUGUACGCAUCGAGGUUGGCAGUGGCAAUGAUGCGAAGGAGUUCUGUGCUCACCAGGGCGUCCUAACCUACAGCUCCUCGUACUUCGAGGCCGUUCUCAAUGGGAAGCUCAAGGAAAGCAAUGAAGUGGAGAUUUACUUACUUAACGACGAUCCAAAGGUCUUUGAGGCUUACUAUUACUGGCUCUAUACGCGGCAGCUCUGGGAUCCCAAUACGGUUGCGAAAGCAGGCAGCGUCCCCUUAACCUUCAACUUGCUUUGCAGGAUCUUCGUCUCUGGAGAUGCACGCGGUAUCCCCGGACUCAGAAAUGCCGCCAUUGAUGCCCUUCUAUACAAGAGUGGCGAGGAGUGGGUAAUGCCUACUACGUCGCUCAGGUACAUGUACGAGAAUACACCGGAAGAUUCUAUGCUUCGCAAGCUAGCCGUGGACAUGGUGAUGAAGACAUUCGACGUGAGAAAGCUGGGUCCUGGUUGCCAUUCGGAGCUCUUGAUGGAUCUCGUGGUGGCUCAUCAAGAUUCUGGCAAAGUCUACAAGUCUAUCUCCCAGGCGGAAUGGCGAAAGAUCAACAAAUGCGACUACCAUGACCACGCUCCGGCCGCCCCAUACUCUCCGUCUCCUCCACCGUCGCAAACUUCUGUCAGGCGGACCUGCCCGGCACCGCUACGCAAGUUUCGAUGGAAACGUCGCAGCGGGCCUGAAGUUGCGCCCAAGACUGGAUGA